UCUGCGAAGUGCGAAGCCUUCGAUUUUUAGGGAAUUCCGUACAAGCAUGAGAGGGCAAGGAGGCCUCUACGGAGGAGAUUCCGGCGGCGGCCGCCGUGCAUACGGUGGUGGUCGCGGCGCCGCACAGCAGCACCAUCAGAGUAACAAGUCUGGCUAUUACCAGGGGCGCCACCAAGAUCAGCAGCCGAUCGGCGAGAAGGAUGGAGGUCUGCAGAAUAAUCAAUGGCGGUGGGAAGGCGAUGACGCGCAGAUGAAAUUGCCUCUGGCUGCUACAUUUUCUGAUGGGACUGGUCGCAAUUUUACUUUCACCCGCCAUAUUGUAGAACCCGGUCAAUUGUGUGAAAUGCCGGGAUCCUAUUACCAAGGCCAGAGGCUGGAUCCAAUGGUGCCGUUGGAGAGACAAGGUGGCGGAGAGACAGGAUCACAGGCGCAUGAAGAGGAUAUGGAGAUAGGAUAUGAAGACCCCCGAGUUGUGCAGACAUAUGAAUCUCUUGAACAGAGAUUCCUCGAUGACCUCACAAAACUGAGCAAGGAGCAUGCCGAUUCUGAGGAUGCCGAAAAUGCUAGACACAGAGAGAGAUUGAAUGCGAUCAGUGCACAGUAUGGGGAGCAGUUCGCGAUGAUCCGAGCCCAGCAUGCUGCGCAGCGGGAAGAAUUUCUCCGAAGAGAAUCUCUAGCAAGGCAGCAGCAGUACCAGCAGAUGGUGAUGCAAAAUUACCAAACUACCCCUAGCGAUCCCCGCGCUUUCGAUGCAGCGGAGCCACACCGAGCAUUCAACUCUGAUUCCUACAGCGCAAGAGGUCAGUUCCCCGCUAAUGCUCGAGAUCAACCGUAUGAACCCAAAAUUCCGUACCCGAAUGCUCGAGAUCAGCCCUACGAACCCAAAGCUCCGUACCUGAACGCUGGAGAUCAACCGUACGAGCCCAAAGCUCCGUAUCCGAAUGCUUGGGAUAAUGCAUACAUACCCAAAGUUCCGUAUCCGAAGGGACGGGCGUAUAACAACCCUCGCUAUUACUAGCUCGGCUCGGCUCGAAUCGAAUCGGGUAAUGUAGUUUAUUUUUUAUUCCGAGCAAUAUUUUCUCACAUCACAUAUGCUUUAGGUACAAUGGCUACAUGAUUAAUUACCUUAAAUCAUCGAAUAUAUACAGAGAGAUUUGUUCUUCAUUCUUACAUUAGAUUCGAGUGGAUGAAUUAUACAAAUUAGUUGUCGUUGUUGUAAGAAUGCCCCGUUGUUCCGGUAGGAUUUCGUGUAUAUUAUGGGUUAAGCUCAAGUGAAUUAUAUAAUCAAUUUUAUA